AUGGUGGUGCUCGACUACGACCACGCAGCCGGCUCCAGCCCCAGCCACACCUUUUCCGACUCGCCCUUCUUUUACGACCGCUCCGCCGCCAACGGCAGCGGACAGGCCCUCUUCCAGAAUGCCAGCAACGUACAGCCGCACUCGAACCCGCACGUCAGCUACUACUUCCCCGCAGGCGUCGGCCACUACCACUACGGCGAGAGGCACCCCAUGAAGCCCGCCCGCCUCACCCUCACAAACGGCCUCGUCCUCGCCUACGGCCUGCACAACCACAUGCAGGUCUACACCCCCCGCGAGGCCACAAAGGACGAGCUCGAGGCUUUCCACGAUUCCGACUACGUCGACUUCCUCAGCACCGUCACCCCCUCGACCCCGCCCUCGCCGGCCUUUACCCGCUUCAACUUUGCCGACGACUGCCCCGUCUUUGACGGCAUGUACGACUUCUGCAAGUCGUACGCCGGCGCAUCCCUCGCCGGUGCGCGCAAGCUCGCCGCCGGCCAGACCGACAUCGCCAUCAACUGGUCCGGCGGCCUCCACCACGCCAAAAAGUGCGAGGCCAGCGGCUUCUGCUAUGUCAACGACAUUGUCCUCGCCAUCAUGGAGCUCCUCCGCUACCACCCGCGCGUCCUCUACAUCGACAUCGACAUCCACCACGGCGACGGCGUCCAGGAGGCCUUCUACAACUCCAACCGCGUCAUGACUGUCUCGUUCCACAAGUACGGCAACGACUUCUUUCCGUGCACGGGCAACAUCAACGAGAUUGGCACGAGCCUCGGCAAGCACUUUUGCCUCAACGUGCCCCUCCAGGACGGCAUCGACGACGCCGGCUACGUCAGCCUCUUCAAGAGCGUCAUGGAGCCCUGCAUCACCACCUUCCGCCCCGCUUCCAUUGUCCUCCAGUGCGGCGCAGACAGCCUCGGCCUCGACCGGCUGGGCUGCUUCAACCUCUCGAUUGCCGCCCACGGCGAGUGCGUACGCUUCAUCAAGUCGUUUGGCCUGCCCCUCCUCGUCCUCGGCGGCGGCGGCUACACGAUCCGCAACGUCGCCCGCUGCUGGGCCUACGAGACCUCGGUCCUCACCGGCUGCCAGAUCCCCGACACGCUGCCCAACACGCCCUACGACGCCUUCUUUGCGCCAUCCUACCGCCUCCACGAGGCCCUCCAGGCCGGCCGCGUCGAAAACCAGAACUCAAAGGCCAGCCUCGAGAAGAUCCGCGUACAGAUCCUCGAACAGCUGCGCUACCUCCACGGCGCCCCCAGCGUUCAGAUGCAGGAGAUCCCACCGGACCUCGCCGGCGGAUGGCUCGAAGAGGAGAUGCCCGGGUCCGGCGGCAAGGACGCCGACGGUUCCAAGACGUCGUAG